GACGUCUGAAGCAAUCCAUUCACUAUGUGGCUUUUUUCCGCUGGAGCCAGCCCAGUAGAUGCCGAGGAGGACUGACUGACUGACGGACGGUCACAACGCACAAACCGAAAUUCUGCGCGGCUGUUUUGAUACCAAGACUCUCUGUAAAAAAACCCCGAGUCGUGUUUCGCCGCGCGUCGCCUCCUUGGGAGAUGUCUCCAGGGGCGCAUGGGCUCCGCUUUGCAGGAAAAGUCGCUGUGAGCUUCCACCUUAGCUUAGCUUAGCUUAAUUUAGCCACCGUGUGUGUGGAGUUGCAGCUCGGUACGAACCGACGGAUGUUCGGAACAAAGAACGGACAGUCGAACGGACAUUGGCAUUUAAAAAAACAAAACAAACAAUGGGCCUCAUAUUCGCUAAACUGUGGAGCUUCUUCUGUAAUCAAGAACACAAGGUGAUCAUCGUUGGCCUUGACAAUGCCGGCAAGACCACCAUCCUCUACCAGUUUCUGAUGAACGAGGUGGUCCACACGUCGCCCACCAUCGGCAGCAACGUGGAGGAGAUCGUGGUGAAGAACACGCACUUCCUCAUGUGGGACAUUGGCGGACAGGAGUCCCUCAGGUCCUCUUGGAACACGUACUACUCCAACACCGAGUUUGUCAUCCUGGUGGUGGACAGCACCGAUCGAGAGCGUCUGGUCAUCACCAAAGAGGAACUCUACAGGAUGUUGGCCCACGAGGACCUGCGCAAAGCGGCCGUGCUGAUCUUCGCCAACAAGCAGGACAUGAAGGACUGCAUGUCAGCGGCCGAGAUCUCAAAGUACAUGACGCUGAGUGCCAUCAAAGAUCACCCGUGGCACAUCCAGUCCUGCUGCGCUCUCACCGGGGAAGGCUUGUGUCAAGGUCUGGAGUGGAUGACAUCACGGGCUGGCCUCAGAUAGCAGAACCCCCCCCAAUCUGAGUACAGUAUAUUCUUUCAUGGACUUCCUUCAAGGGUCUGCCCCUCCCCCCCCCUACUUUUUCAUCUUUUUUAAUUUUUUAUUUUUGAAUGGAUGCGGCCCCUCCUUUUUGGGAUAUCUGGUUUGGGUAAUGGGUGGAAGGAUAACUUCAUGGACACACACGCACACACACACACACACACACACACACACACACACUUUGUCUCAAGAGUUUGUUCUACAUAAGCUAUGACAUCUGCGAUUGGCUGGCAACUGAUUCAGGGUGUCCCCCGCCUACUGCCCGAAGACGGCUGGGAUAGGCUCCAGCACCCCCCGCGACCCUAGUGAGGAUCAAGCGGUUCGGAGAAUGGAUGGAUGGAAGCUAUGACAUGGUUAGUGAGUUUGGCUCCACAAGUCAAAUUGUGUUUGGUUUUAUUUUGAACAAACUGAAGCUGUUACCUUUUUUUAAUGACAGUAUUUUAAAUUGUACUAUUUAAUGUCAUUCUUUCUCAGCAGUUGAGUGGAGAAGACUUUUUUUUCUCCAGAUAAAGGUGCUCAUGUGCGUCUGCGAUUACGUGACGUACAUUUUUUUGUUGUUGUUGAAGUUAUAAACUAAGAUGGCGGUGCAGUAUUUGAGCCACGUGAGUCAACAAAAGUUCAUCUUUAGCCUUAAUCGGAAUCUUGUCCAUCUGGUGAAGCCGAUGGGACUACAGAAAGGCUGUGGGUUACUUGUGACAUGAUUAAAUAUUUUUAUGCUG